AUGGUUGUUGAUCCCUUCUCGGCGGCCUCCAAGCCCAUGCCCGACUGGGACUCCAUACCCUCUCGACCAUUGCCAUUCGCAGCUACACUUGAGACGCUGGACUUGAACGGGCCCGGAUCUGCCACGCAACAUCUACCGAAACCUGUACGACGUGAAAAGGAUGGACUACCAGCUGCAUUCCCGACCCCAGUGUACAGUCACGACCGCUCUCCACGCCCGUUGGCCGCCAGCGGAACUGGUCGACGCUUGUCGUAUGGGUCAGCUGAGCAAGAGAUCGGAAGUGACGAGUGGAUUCAGAAAAAGGUUGGCGAAUGUGUUGAUAAUGCGAGAGGCUGCGGCUUGACAGUGCUGUCCACAAAGAUAGCUGAUCUCCGUGAUCUGGUUACGUUGCAGCAGCAGUCCCCGACAGGUUCGCCAAUGCGUCUGCGCUCUCUGCCCCUUUCGACAGCUUCUCCACCCCGUGCACCCUUCGUUCCCCGCCUUCGAGACCGACCGUUUGCACGAACGCAAUCAGCCCCUGCUUCCGCAGAUGCAUUAGGCGGUCAAGACCAUGUUCUGCGGGCUCGGGGUCUGCUUCCCCCUGCGGUCGUUGAGGAGGGAGCAUCAGUUCCCGGUCGCAAGGCCAACGGCUCGCGUACGUUCACCCGUAGCCGGACUGGGGCUGUCACUAUGGGCGACAAAGUGGAGGGCUCACGACCAAAUCUUGCGGUGUACCUUGCUCGCAACUUGUUGACCAGGCUGGACAGUCUACCGGCAGCCAUAGGUUCUCUCAUUCACCUGAAAGAGCUUAAUAUCAGCAACAACAAUAUCUCCUAUCUUCCGGCGGCCAUCACAGAGCUCCCUUUGGAACAGUUUGCAGCGCAUCCCAACAAAUGGAGAGAACCCCCCGCGAGGGAAGCGAAGGAUGGCGGUUCUCCCCGUGUACUGUCUCCGAAAGCCUCUCUUCAGCCGGGUACCGUUCCACGCUUAACGUCCCUUUGCCUUUCAGUACUCUUAUCCCCUCGCCAACCGCUGGGGAAACCCCCGUUUUUAGAUUUCGACUGGGACGACUGGCGACGAGGCCGUUCACACCCUCUGCUCGAUGUUGAGACUCUUGCUGAUCUUUUACCGCCAUCCUUGCGCGACAAGGGCCUGGGUCGGAUUCUGCAGGCGGUACGCAGUGCUUGCACAUCGAUGGCGAGAGAGAGAGCCGGUGUAGAUUUCUUCCCUCGAUCCAACGAAGUACUCCGGCCCGACAAUGCCUCGGACAAUCCCUACUAUCGCCCAUGCCCCUCGCCAAAACAUCAAGAGUGGCAACAGGGUGAGGAGGAAAACGUGCGAGUGACCCGAAGGAUCUUUUUGGAUGCCGCAGAGGAGCGGUUUGAACAGGAGUCUUACCACCGGGCAGCACGAAGGGCAUUAGCAUCAUCACAAUGCUCCAUGGUUUCCGCCUUCACACCAGAUAAUAUAUCAGCAUUCGGUCCCCUGGCAAUGAUGGCGGUCAUUUAUCAGUUGCUCGGGUUGCUCGGAGGCUUGGUGAUUCGAGAACUCUUCUACGUCCCUCGCGAUUUUCGAUGGGGAGUCCUUGAUCUGGGGAUUAUCUCCAACUGGGGUGAGGUUCCAUUGCUUGCAAAAGUAUUCCGAUUUCUGAUGUCAGGAAAUUUGCCCACUGCAGUGGUGCAAACGAUGGCCAAGGAGCCUCCAUUCAACCCAGCCACCGAUGUGGAUCUAGGCGUCGCGUACAUCGCGUGA